AUGGUCUCUGUGGUUCUUCAAGAAUGACAAGAGCAAAACGUGGCAGGCCAACCUGCGACUCAUCUCCAAAUUUGACACAGUUGAAGAUUUUUGGGCCCUCUACAAUCACAUCCAGGUAUCAAGUAACCUCAUGUCUGGCUGUGACUACUCUCUUUUUAAGGAUGGUAUUGAACCCAUGUGGGAGGACGAGAGGAACAAGCGUGGUGGACGUUGGCUCAUCACACUAACCAAACAGCAGAGGAGACUAGACCUGGACCGCUUCUGGCUGGAAACUCUCCUGUGUUUAGUCGGAGAGGCUUUCGACGACUACAGCGACGACGUGUGCGGAGCCGUGGUCAACAUUCGCAACAAAGGAGAUAAAAUAGCCGUCUGGACAUCCGACUACGAGAACCGGGAGGCCGUGACACACAUAGGGAGAGUUUACAAGGAGCGGCUGGGACUCCCCAUGAAGAUGACGAUCGGCUACCAGUCUCACGCAGACACGGCCACCAAAAGCGGUUCAACCACCAAGAACAAAUUUGUCGUUUGAGAAACGCCCCUCUGUGCCUCUUUGUCAUUUCCUUGUCUUAUUUGUCGUCGGUGCGUACGUUUACUUUGCUGCGAAAGACUCUGCGAAGCGCAGUCUGGAGAGGAAAUUAUUCUUCAUGCCAAAUUCACCAAAAUCACCCGAGCACGUAGAAAAACCUGCACAACACAUCACUAACGGCUGACGCUAACAAUGAGAGGUAUCGAUUGUGGGUGAUCUUCAGUAUUCUUUUUACUCUGCUAAAUAAUUUACUUUGAUUUGUGGUUUGUUUUGUUUUUGAAUGGCAGGGAUUUAUAAAAUGCUAAAUUUGUAUAUUUCUCACCCAUUUUUAUUUUACUCAGCAUUAAACACAUUUAAUUUAUUAUUUCAGUCUACCUUAAUUACCUAAAACGUAUUAGUUAUUUUGUGCUUCUUUUUUUUUUUUUUGCCUUGAACUGUUUCAACCUUUUAAAAGUAUUUCAUGACCCAUAUUCAUUUGAGUAUUAAUAUAAUUAAAACACUGGUUUUGCAAUUCUCA